UUGACUUGAAUCCUGUUGCUGCAGGGGCCAUGUAGUUUAUUUAUCUGUUUUUCCUAUUUUCUUUUGCUUAGAUGACCGCAGAGGUCAAAUCCAAUGUGUCUGUGACAUUCAGCAUCAAAAGUUACAUCUGCUGAGCAUUCUUAAACAUUUCUCAUGUGCCCAUAUUGAUUUCCAUUGAACAGACAAACCUUAACAAAUAUGUAUUAGAUUAUUUCACGUCUUGUCAAAAUGUUAACACACAAGUAUUUCCAGCUUUAACUGUCCUAGUGAGCACACUUUACCAUUGUAUGCGCAGCAAACAUGCAAACAUGAAAAUUGCAUUUUCAGAAUGUGUAUAGCCACCUUCUACGCCAAAGAAGGCUGAACACAGACGAAUGCAAGCUAGCCAGUAAUCUCAUGAGGGUGAAAGCAAACAAAACGCUACUGCGCAUUGAGUUAGAGGAAAACACAGGAAAAGUCAUAACAUUGAGAGACCUAAGCAACAUGAAAGCCAGAUCACAGUGUGGUGCAGGUGGCAAUGAAUUGGCCAGCAUUGUCCGCCACUUGACUGACAUCCGUGGAUCUGUCGUGGAAGUUGUGAAGGAUGAGGAUAAUAUCCUCACAGGACUUUUCUACCAAGACCGGCAGAUGCGACAAGCCUACCAAUCAUAUCCUGAGAUGUUGAUGUGCGAUGCCACAUACAAGCUCAACAAUAUUCGUAUGCCCCUUUACGUGAUGGCAGUAAUUGAUGGUGAUGGUCACACUCAAGUGGCUGCAUUGCACUUGACAUCAAAUGAAACAGGUGCUGCCCUUUCAAAAAUGGUUCAGAUUUUCAAGUCACACAAUGAAGCAUGGCCACGCACUGAGGUCAUCAUGACGGACAAAGAUGUUACCGAACGAAAUGUCUUGUCAGAUGCGUUCCCCAAUGCGACAUUGCAGCUGUGUCUGUUCCACACACUACGCAGCUUCUCUCGGGAAAUUACUGUGGAGAAGAUGGGAGUCCGCCCUGGUGUGCGCGAUGCACUUCUAGGAUGCUUUAGCGACAUGGCGCAUGCACGCUCUGAGGCACGCUUUGAGGAACAGUGCGCCUUUCUAGAGGAUAUGAAUGUUCCUCUUGCCAUUGAAUACUUUCGGAAGAACUGGCUGCCACUCAAACAUGAGUGGGUACAUUGCUUUAAAGCACAGCACUUCAACAUCGGUGAUGGAACAAACAACCGGUUAGAGAGUCUGAAUGGCCACAUCAAAAGUGUGUGUGAUAGGUAUGCAACCCUGUCUGCAUUUUUUGCAGACUUAUUCUCAGUACUCCGUGUGCUAAGAUCAGAGCGAGAGCACAAGGCACUCACCGAACGCAUAACAAUGGCAACCCAUGAGCCGAGUGACAUCACUAAUGAUGACCGGUUAUAUAAAAAGGUGCUCACUCCCUUUGCAUAUCGCAAAGUUGUGGGACAGAUUGCAAAGCGAGAGAGUGUGCAACUACCAGAAGAUGAAUUGUUGGCACCUUCGUCAGAAGGACCUUUGCGAGUCACAGAGUCUUCCUGCACGUGUGCGUUCCGGUGCACUCUUCGCUUGCCGUGCCGGCACAUCCUAUCUCGAAGACACCAGCUGGGUUUGUCCUCGUUUGAACCCAGACUUUGCGAUGCACGUUGGAGGCUAACUACACAUAACGUGCAGGAUGAGCUGGCAUCUGCUGAAGCCAACCCUCUCCAUGUUCAGCAGUUGGUACCUAGCAGACAGACAACACUGAAUGGAUUUCAGAAAUUUCACCAAGCGAAGGUGGUUGCCUUGGAGCUUGCGAACUUGGCUGCAGAGGUCGGCACAAGGCAGUUUCGUGAACGUCUCAACGUCUUGAAGCUUCUCAAGUCUGAGUGGGAAAGGGGAGAAGACAUACUGCCAGUUGAUCACGAGUUAGCGGUGGAAAGCGCCUCCGGUGGCUAUCCCCACACGAGCUACAGAGGGUGACCACGAGUACACCACAGUGUUCCAGCCAGAUGCUACGCUCCUAUCUGGCCCAGCUACUAGCAGUGAACAAGUUAUCGCAGAUAUUAGACUGCCUCCCAUCAUAAAAAAGAGAGGUCGACCAAAGUGGGGUGGGAAAACAGCUGUUGGUCUGCCCAGGAAGCGGAAAGUGGAUCGUCCACAAGUGUUUCUUUCUCGAUUUCCCUUGGAUCGUGAAAAGGUUAUGCUCUCCUGGUUUGUAUCCCAGGAACAAGCACAUUCUACGAUUACAAGCAAGACGCUGAUUGGGCCAGAAGACGUCAGCCGCAGGGCAACUACCACUGCUGUUUUAGAUGCAAGUGUUUGCAUUAAAACCAUACGCAAAUAUUUCACAUCGUCUGCAUGGGAUGCGGUUAAUGUAGUAGUCGCUGAAACAGAAGAAGAUCCCAUUUGGUUCUGUGGGAUGUGCACGAAUGAAAUCACAGAGGAAACAUGUGUAGCAUGUGAUAGCUGCCUCCAAUGGAGCCAUUUUCAUUGUGCAAGGUUAA